GGCGUGGCGGCGCGCCGCGCGUUGCGCUGGUGGUGGUGGAGUAAAUAAAACGCGGGCGGUGAUGCGCUGAGCCAGAUGGCCGCCUCCGCCUCCGCCGCCGCAACGCUCCCCACCACUCUCCUGCUCCGCCGCCUCCUCCUCCUCUCCCCGCGCCGCCACCCUACCACCCCCGCCCCCCGCCGAUUCCGCUCCUGCUGCUGCUCCUCUUCCUCCUCCUCCCCCGCCGCCGCGCCGGCUCACCCCCACCCGCCCGCCGGAGGUGCAGGGAGAAGACUGAGAGGCGAGCUGCGCAGCAGAGCCAUGUCAAGUUCCACGAAUUCGACGGUUUUGGCGGAAUCGGUAGCGACUGGGAGCUCAGUGGAUGUUGAGCUUCUACCCUUUGUGAAUGACAAACAUGGUGGUGUGAUCGUUGAGAUGACGGCCCCGAUGGAUCCCCAAUUGUUUUCAGCUUCCUUGAAAGCAUCAUUGUCAAAAUGGAGGGAACAGGGAAUAAGAGGUGUCUGGAUAAAAUUGCCCAUCAGCCUUGCCAACCUUAUUCAAUAUGCAGUGGAGGAAGGGUUCUGGUACCACCAUGCAGAGGAAACUUACUUAAUGCUUGCAUACUGGCUUCCAGCUACAACACAUACAUUACCUGUAAAUGCUACUCACCGUGUGGGUGUUGGAGCAUUUGUAAUGAAUGACAAAAGAGAGGUAUUGGCUGUCCAAGAAAAGAGUGGUGUACUUCGAGGCCUAGGUGUAUGGAAAUUUCCAACUGGAGUUGUUGAACCAGGAGAAGAUAUAAACUUAGGAGCUGUAAGAGAAGUAAAAGAAGAGACUGGGAUUGAUACAGAAUUUGUUGAAGUUCUUGCCUUCAGGCAGAGCCACAAAGCUUUUUUUGAUAAAUCGGAUCUGUUUUUUGUUUGCAUAUUACGGCCACUUUCCUUUGAUAUUACCAAGCAAGAUUCAGAAAUCGAGGCAGCUCAGUGGAUGCCUGUGGAGGAAUUUGCUGCUCAACCAUUUGUCCAGAAACAUGAGCUAGUGAAGUACAUUCUUGAAGUGGGUUUGGCGAAGGUUGACAAGGACUAUGCAGGAUUUUCGCCAAUCCUCAUAAAAUCCGCAUUCACGGACAAAAAAUCGUUCUUUUACAUGAACAGGAGGGACCUGGACAAGGCCUCAGAAUCCAGUAGUACACAGAAAAAGACUGAAAAACCUUUGUUCAUGGAAAAACUGUAGCUUUCAUACUGGAUCUUUUUUUCCAUCACUGGUAGCUUCUACACCUGAUUUUGACCGAAUGUUGCCGCUCCACCAGUCCUGUAAUUCAGAAAAAGGAGCAGCAGUUCAGAAAUACAGCUGAAUUUGUUGUACCUAUGAAUUUGUAUUGAAUAUUUAUAGGCUUACAAAUAAUGAAAAACAUUUGUUGGACACUUGGACUUCA